AUGAUCAGAAUGGUGCGUUUAAAUCUCAUCGUUUGGAUCAGUUGCUGUGCCUGUUUACUGCUGCAGGCACCGUGGGUAGUGGCAGCGGGACACGAUCCACCGCCCGGGAACCGUCCCAUCCAGCUGGAAGACAUCGAGCGGGACAAUCUUAACAGCGAGCGGCAAGUGUUCAAGAAGGAAGCUAUCGAGCAACAGCAACAGCACGGCGCUAGUUCAACCCAAAGCAACAAUCACUACACCGUGCAGAUACAGCAUCAUCCGGGCAGUGCGGCCGGAACUCACAGUUCCGUCAAAUACGUAACACCACUGCCGGCUCCAACGCAGACGCACACCUACACGAAAGAUCACGCCGUCCCGCAACAGCUGUACAUCAACAUACCGCAGCAACCGUCCCAUCACCAGCAGCAGCACCAACAGCAACAGCAACAGCAACAACAACAGGUACCGCAGGUACACGAGGAUCAUUCCACCUACACGGUUCCGUCCCGCCAAUCACUGCUCCAGCCCGUCAUCGGUGGAGGUGCACCGGCCUCCCCCUACCUGACUCCGCAACCGCAGUACGUUUAUGUGCAGGCCCGGCCCCAGCAGCUACCCCAGCAGUAUGCGGCCGACCACGCUUUACCCCAAUCGUUGCUACACAUCCUGCCACAAAAUUCGCAAGCUUAUAUCAUGAUUCCGACACCGUACUACCAACAGCAGCCACACCACAUUCCAUCCUCCCCAACGGGACCAGCGGCGUUGCCGUCCAUUGCGCCGGCACCAUCAUCGGGACCGCCCCAUUCUGCCCAGCAGCUGGCCGCGUACGUCAACGACCCGGACAACCACAUCCAAACCUACUCUCACGGUGAAACUGGAGCACAUUCACCAGGUACCGCUGGACCCUCGACUGUCCAGCCUACGCCCCAACCCGACAUCGUGUACGCGGCCUCCUCCACACCUUCCCCACCCCGUCACCAGUCCCCGUCGGCGGAGUUUUCCAUCGUGAAGAGUGUCGAGCAGCCGGUCUACUUUUCACACGACCUUCCACCUGUGCAAUCGCACAAGCUGCCCCAGCUACUAGGGGAUGGACCACAGCACCAUCACUUUGCUGCACCGCAAUUACACCAUCCUACUGGAAGGCCUUACCUGUCUCAUGCUCCCUCGCCACAGCACCUUCAUCAUCCUGCUGGCCCUGUCCAUUACCCUGCCUACGUACAGCAACCACAUGGACAUUCUUCCGCCGGCCAGUCACACUCAUUCGCACCACAGUUCUAUCCUUCGCUGGCACAUCCCAACAACGGCAUAUUAAACUACUUCGGUGUGCAGCAUCGUCCUCCAACCAGUCUGCUCGAUUCGUACGUUCCAUCCUCGUUGCAGCUCGCGAAAACCCCACUCUACACCACGAAGCUAACACCACACGGCUUUGGAGCGCCCCAUCAACCGAUCCAUCAGGCCCACCAUCAACGGCCGGUUCACUUUUAUCAACCCGGUGCUCCGGUGUAUCCGCUCAACCCACUUCACACAACCAUUCUUCAGCCGGCAGGUGGACAACAUGCACAGCCUUUACAAAGUCACGCCGCACAGCCGCUGCUUGGACAGCUUCCGACGGGUCCGGCUACCGCUCCCGGAUACAACACGAUCGCGUACUCUGUGCCGCUAGCGUUCACGAAAACGUCCGCCCAGUACAAACGAUCGCCGGGAUUGUUUAGUGUGGCCGGUUUCCCGAAACCGUCCCCGUUGGCCACAACCAAACUGCAACCGGCGAAGCAAUUCCAGUAG